AGUCUACCACCAUUCCCGUUCCUCCCCACCGAUACACUAGUGAAUGAACCAGCAAGCAUAUCUACCUUGUUUCUGAUCUUAUCCGAAUGCAAGCAAAUUGAGCCUAAAUUAGGUUUUAUGAAUAACAAUCCGAUUCUCAUUUGGCAAUCAUCAUAGCCUUGAUUGGGCCCUUAUCAUAUCUGAAAAGGGAGUGGGAUCGACCUCGGAUGUCGCGCACUCGGAAAUUUCACGGGCCCCUUCGGACCGGUCACAAGCAAGGUGUUUGAGAGAUUAGUCUGAUAGGCACCUAGUUGACUGUUAUGACUGUUGUGGGGAAGAUCUUGGAGUGCCACGGUGUUUGAGGAUCCCAAACUACUGCCCCGCGUGCCAGCAUGUCUAGACCAAACGCCUCUACUCAGAAGUCAUUAAUUACCCAGGCACUGAAAGCCGAGCGGGAUGUAUCAUCCGCUACUUCUCAAAGGCAAGCCUUGGAAGCGGCUAUUGAUGCCGCCGAGCACUACAUGAAAGCACUGAGACUGGCAACCGUCCAAAAAGACAAGCAUGCAUUGGAUGCAAAGUGUAAAGAGUGGCUCACCACAGCAGAAAGUAUCAAAGAGUCAAAGAAUUGGCAAGCUGCGGCCCACCGCCAUGACAAAGUCGUCCCAGAGCCACAGUUGCCUGUAUCUACUCGCAAGCUUACCACCCGGGAGGAAAUAAUUCUCCUAGAAGGAGCCAAGUUGAAUGGCUUCAUCUUCCCCCCAUGGUCUAACCCUCCAAGCCCUGCUGAGUUCAAGCAACUAGUUGAAGAACCUCUGUUUACGGACAAACCCGAUCUUCAUCUUUCUCAUCUUCAAAGAAGAGUUUUUGAUGGUUGGAAACGGCCGGCUGAGCUCCUCUUAAAAGAUGCAGAAGACGUGAACUUGGUCCCUGUGAUGUCUGUUUCCGGGAAGUCAGACCUGGUCCAGGAUAUGUUGACGGAUUGUUCGGUUGUUGCUAGCCUUUGUGCUACUACGUCAAUGUUAGAACGCGGCCAAUGUCUUCACCUUCUUCCAAUGAUAUAUCCUAGCCGGGAGAGCUCUCAGCCUUCGCCGUCUGGCAAGUAUAUAUUUCGUUUCUACUUCAAUGGAUGCUUCCGGAAAGUAAUCAUUGACGACCGUUUGCCAUCGUCGCAAACGUCAAGGUCACUACAUGUGAUCGACCGAAACAAUCCUAACUUCUUAUGGCCCGCUCUAGUAGAAAAGGCUUACCUUAAACUGCGAGGAGGUUAUGACUUUCCCGGAAGCAAUUCUGGGACAGAUUUGUGGGUGCUGACGGGUUGGAUCCCUGAGCAAGUCUUUCUGCACAAUGAUGAUGUGACUGGCGAUCAACUCUGGAGGCGAUUCUACAAAUCCUUCAACAACGGGGACGUUUUGUUAACUAUAGGCACUGGCGAACUCACCGAGAGGGAGCAGAUAGAGCUCGGACUCGUGAGUGAGCACGAUUAUGCCAUACUUGAUAUGAAGGAAUCUAAAGGACGCCGCCAAUUGCUUGUUAAAAACCCGUGGGCUGGAGAAGAUACUGCUCCUGGUUACAACGGCAACGGAAGUAUCACCGAGUCUGGAAUUUUACCUCAUAACCCGCCCUCAUUUGCACCGGGCACCUUCUGGAUGGAUUGCGAAAAGCUGCUCCAACACUUUGAACACCUCUACCUGAAUUGGAACCCCGAGAUAUUCAAAUACCGCGAAGAUGUCCAUUUCACAUGGGAGCUAAGCAGCCGGAGAGGAGUGGCUGGCUGCUUUGUGAAUAAUCCCCAGUUUGCAGUGUCGACCGAGCAUGGUGGAAUCGUCUGGUUACUGCUUGGCAAGCAUUUCAGAACGACUCGGCACCCAGAGCGACCCCUUGACGAAUAUCAAGGCAACGAUGAGUCGGGUUUCAUAAGCAUCUAUGUCUUUAACGCAGAUGGGAAACGGGUCUCUCUAAGUGAUGGAGCUCUCCACCGUGGUCCCUAUGUUGAUUCUCCCAAUACGCUUAUGAGGUUAGAGAUGCCCCCAAGAACAACUUAUACCGUCGUUGUCUCCGAGCAAUCAUUGCCUUCCUUGAAUCAAAAUUUUACUUUGUCCGCCUUCUCUACCAACCCAGUACGUAUGGCGAAAGCUCAAGACAAAUACAUGUGUGUGAGCAAGGUUCAAGGAUCUUGGUCGCCCUCGACAGCAGGUGGAAAUGCAGAGUCUUCCCGUUAUCCACUCAACCCUCAAUUCAGGCUGGAGAUAGCGGACGACACAGAUGUUUCACUCCUCCUGGAAUGCUCAGACAUGGAACUCGCUACUCAUAUUAAACUGUUCUGGUCCAAUGGAAAUCGGGUAUCGCGUGUUCGCAGCCGCGAUAUUAUUGCCGAUAGUGGCGACUAUCGUCGCGGUGGCUCUCUCGUGGAAAAGAAGGCUCUGGAACCGGGUUCAUACACUAUCAUCUGUUCCACGUUCGCGCCAGAUCAACUUGGCCGGUUUACACUAUGGGUAUCCUCUCUAAUCCCUUGUAAGGUGAACCUGCUUCCACCAGAGGCCGCAGGACGACGAACGGUUAUUUCAGAUAUUGGCAUACUGCCGCCAGGGAGAGACCGGAUGCUGGCUUCUCUACGAGUGCCGCGGCUUACGAGGAUCAAGCUCAUCAGCCGAAGUAGGAAAUCCGUUAUCGGGAGCCAUCCCGUUGGGGCUUCACCAGUGUUGAUGACAGUGGAACUUGGACAAGGGCCGUACAAAGAAAUCCUGGCGACUUCCGAAGAUGGGACUCACAGUGAUGCUAUAUCGGGAGUACGUAUUGAAGACUUUGACUUGCAGCCAGAGCUCGAGGAGAGGGGUGGUAUCUGGAUUGUUAUUGAGAGGAUCGGUGGUCCUGGAGGGCAGGUGGAGGACCACUUUGAGGUAGAAGCUUUGGCUGAAGAGAGGGUUGAAAUUGGAGAGUGGAUACCUCAAGACGCCUGAAGUUUCCCCAUGGAACAGCUCUAAACGCUUUGAAGAUGCGUUUUUCCAAUCGUCACAGUAGAUAGUAAUUUAGAGUAGAA